AUGAACCAUAGAAAGACCUCAUCUCAGUCGUCUAUCGGCAUAUCGCCACAAGCCAUGUUCAAUAAUAGCUCAGUUUCUUCAGGGUCUCCUCUGAGCUCGCCUUUGGCGUCUCCCAUCAGCUCACCUUACAUGACGCCAGGCGACUCUUCGUCCUGGGACCAGCUUCAGAAUCAGUUUUCGCAACAAAUGUCACUACAGCCUCCAUCUACCCAACCCGUAACGAAAUCCAAUGCCAACAAUACCUUUGUACAUAAGCUUUACAAUAUGGUGGUUGAUAAACAAUACCAGCAUCUGAUUGCUUGGACAUAUACCGGCACAUCGUUCAUUGUUUGCAACAUUACCGACUUUUCACGAGAUGUUUUACCAAAGCAUUUCAAGCAUAAUAACUUUAGUAGUUUCGUACGGCAAUUGAACAUGUAUGGUUUCCAUAAAGUGAACAAGUCACCGCGUGGUCAUCGUACUCUGGCAGAGAACCAGAUUUGGGAGUUUUCUCAUCCCAAAUUUUUAAGGGGAAGAGCCGACUUGUUGGACGAAAUCAAACGCAAGGCCUUGGAUAACGAUGUUGUUCGACGAGAUACCGGCGAUAUGAAUUCUCACAUGACCAUGAUGCAAGUGGCGCAUUCCGAAAUGAUGCAACAAUUGGGGCAAUUGCAAGAAAACUUUUCACAAGUAAUGAAGGAACUUUCAGAAACAAGACGAAGGCAAGCUCAGCAGCAGUAUAUGCUAAAGAGUAUGAUGGACUUUUUAGCACAACAAUAUGGGGCACCACUACAAUUGCCUUCCGAUUACACCUUUGAAGCCUAUGAUUCCAAAGUGGACUCUGAAAGGCCGCCUUCCAUUUAUGUGACUUCGCCCGAUGUUCAUACGCAACAACAACAAUUACAAACACUUUACAUGUCAAUGGAAGGACAGCCAACAAGACCGUCACCGUCUCCAACCUCUCAUUCAUCCGGAUCCACCGCUACGCACCCAAACAGACCACCGCCUUUGACAGUUCAAACACAAAACAUUCAUCCAUCAUCACCCUUGAACAUGAACAUACCUUUCCACUCGAUGGACACCAAUCAUCAACCUGUAUCACCAUCUUCAUUGAGCGCCUAUCAAUCUGCUGUUAAUACACCUCUACCGCCAAGUCCGAAUCCGAAUGCCUUCUUAUCCGAUGAUGAAGCCGCAAGCAUGUAUAGCCCACAUAGUCCUCAUACACCUAAUAAUUACAUCCAGUCGUCUGAGCCAAACGUACAACAAGCGCAUCAGCGAUUCGCAAUACCAACAGCCGUCAGCCAUCAUACAAAUGAUUCAAUGUCCUAUGCUAUGGGUGUAACCGAACCUGCAGAUUGCAUUUGA